AUGCUGUUAGUUGGUUUGUCAGCGCCAAUCUCAGUUGCCCCUAUUUAUAGUGCACCUAUAAUCAGUGCUCCUAUCUUAGCACCUGCAGUCUCUACAGCUAACUUAUACAAAGCCGCUCCUAUACCCAUCGUGAGGCAAGUAGUGACACCUGUCAUAUCAACUCCGAUUAUUAAAGUGCCGGUAGCCAACUACGGUCUAGGUCUGGGCAUCGGAAAAGGUCUGGACUAUAACCUAAACCUCGGUCUAGGUCUCAGCAAAGGUCUGGAUUACGGACUUGGAUAUGGAUGGGGAAAGUAU